AUGCCAUUUUGGUUUUCGCAAAACAUACAGAGACGGUUAUUACUUUAUGUUCUCCAACAGAUAUCCCUUUUUUCCAAUGUGGAUGUGUCUAAUCUCGAUGUCUCUCUGGGGUCCAAAUCUAAAUUUACGUUCCAUGAUCUGGAUCUUGCGGUAGAAAGUAUUACAAUCCCAGGAAUUACAGUAAAUGAGGGUUUUAUUAAGAAUUUAGACCUUAGAUUAACGGUUUCUGGUGGGGUCAGUAUCGAAGGAAGUGGGUUGACUUUUGUAAUAUGCCCACAUUUAAAACAACAAGAAUCAGAAAAUAUUGAUGAAGUGGACCGAUUUUCGCUAUUGAAAAGCAUUCAUGAUCUUACCACUUCCAUGAUCCAGUUCUCCGAAUCCACAGUUAAUAACAGUAAUGAAAAUGUGCCAGUCGAUGAACCCAUAAUCGAUGAAGACGAAUAUAACCAACCAGGUACAAUAGAAAAUAUGAGGAAUAAAGCUUUGAAUAUUGCAUUAUCCAAGAUCUCCGUAACUUUAGAGGGCAUAACUAUCAAAUUCAUUCCAGAAGAUGAUCCAAAUGACGAAAUAAUAUUAAAAAUUGGUUCCCUAUCUUUAGUAACAAGGGAGAAACGUAUACGGCAUCUAAUUUUACAAAAUAUUACUGUUUCCCACUUUCAUCAAGAGUCUUUCAAUUCUGAUUCAGAAUAUGGUAGCGAUGAAGAUCGUUUGUCACAAAGUAUAUACUACUCCAGGAUGGAAGGAACUACGUCGAUGUAUAUGAGCGCUAUGGAUAAUCCAAUGGAUUCAGAGAGGAAGAUGGAAGACCCCGACGAAAAAAACGAUGAAACUCUAGUUUCUGUUGAUUUAUUAGAAAUUUCUUUCGAAGGGUUUUCUACGGUUAACGAUAUCAGUGUGACCGAUUUAACAGUGGAUGUGAAUUAUGCUCAAAUUUCUUUAUUUAAGAUAUUAGAAUUAGACAACUCCAUUUUAUUUGAUCUUUUAAAGCUCUUGAGGAUAAGAAAUGAUAGUGAUGAUUCUAGAAGAGAGACAGCUGCAUAUAAAAGAUUUGAGAAAGAACAAGAACUUUCAGAGAAUUUCACUUUAUCGUUUAUAUGUUUGAACAAAGUUGCUUUGGAGUUAUCUGCUGAGACUAACCUAAUUCUUCGACAAGCAUCUUUCAAUAAGCAAGAAAAUAAAGAACAAACACUGAUAAUAUCAUCUAUUGGCAUUGAAGGAGGUACGGCCAAAAUAACGCAUUCAAAUCGGCCUAUUCUGAAGUGUUCCCUUACAGAAAAGGACAUUAUGGUAGAUAUACUGGAUGAACUUCAUUUGAAUUUAGAUUGUAAGGCAUUGGAAGAAAUUGUACAAUUUUACAACAUGGUGAACCAAUUUAUUGAUAAUACGAAGAUACGAAAAAGGCGAUCUACAAUGAGAAAAGAAUACAGCACCAUCCGAUUUCAGCUUGAAUUAGAGAAUCUUCAUGUAACAUUUUCGCUCAAAGAUUAUGCGUUGAAAUGCAAAAUGAAUAACAUACAAUAUGAUAGUUCUACAGGUACUUUGAAAAUCCCUACCAUAGAAUUAUUUAAGUUACUGGGGUCUCAACAGACAACACUGGUUCAAAUACUGGAUAAUAACCUCACAAAUUACAGUACAAAGAUUCAAAUUAAUUCAUUUGAUGAGAAUUUCAAUGCUUCUACUUUUCUUACGGAUACUCUAUUGCAUACGAAAUCCAUUCUUGUGAAAGCACCACAUGAUUAUUUAGAACAAAUUGUUAAUGAUUUAUCAACUCAAAUCUUACCAAUAUUGAGUCAGCUCGAAAGACCUGAUACUAGGGAGAGAAAUAAUAAUUAUAUGCGCCGAAGUGUAAGAAUACCUAACUCUUCCAGUAUUACCUAUCAACAAACGUUGUGUGCAAUUAUUGUUGUUCAAAUUGAUACAAUUCAGAUACAGAUAUCAGAUAUAUUAAGCAAUGGAGAAUUCGGUACAAUCAAUUGUAACGUUUUAGAAAACCUACUGACAUUGACCAAUGAUGGUAAUCUUGUUUACACAUGCAAAGAUAUCUCUGUUUCUCGAAUAUUUAAUUAUGGUAAAGAAAAAGACGAGAUAAUAGUACCCAUAAAAUCAGAUUCGCUUCGAAGGCCAGUUAUUGUUUGUCAACGAAAGAAUAAUGGUAAAUUUAAGAUAAUUUUUAGGAACCUGUCUGUUCAUUACCAUGCGCGUUGGUUAAGUGUCUUGAAGAAGAAAGAUACAACAGUGGAUACUGUAGAGGGAAUUAUCAACUCCUCUAAAAUUCUUGAUACAGGUGAGACUAUUUUUGAAGUCAAAUUUGUUGAAUCAUCCUUGCAUUUACACCCAUAUAGAAUAAACUCUGUUCUAAUUAUUACUUUGAAUCACAUGUCUACGAGUGGGAGAGUUCCAAAUAUUUUAUGGAAGGGACUUUCCAAAAAUGGGAUGUUAUUAUUAAUUGAUGAUGUUUCCAACAUGAAGAAGGUUGAGAAAAUGUCUGCUGCUUCCUUAGUUGAAUUUUAUUCCUAUCAGGGAUUUUCUGCCAUUGGUAGAUUUGAUACGUUGAUAUUUAAUGUUCAAAGGAUCAAGACUUCCAUUAUGAUUAGUAGUAAACUGGAGCAUUUAAGCUUAUCUCUUUGUGCAGAUUCGUUUCAUACUCUCGUGCAACUUUGUGUUGAUUUGAAACUUUCUGAAACUUUCCCUGAUGAUUUAAAAUAUAGAACCAAUUUGGACAAGAGUGUUCCCAUUUUAGAUAGCGUUGUUGAAGAUUUCUUCGUUCCUGAUCAGAUACUAAGAGAUAGAAAAAAUUCCAACUAUAGUGAAACGUUUGAAGAAAUUAAGUUAGUUGAAAGCUUCUUAGAUAAUGAACAUUCAGAUAUAUCGACAAAAAGCUCUCAAAAUCUUUUGGAUACUGAUUCUUCUACUCAUACACAGGAAUUGAUACAUUUUAAGGACAGUUAUAUUGACACAUCCAAGGCUGAAGAUUAUGACGAAACUUUUGAACAAGAGCAACCUAUCAUGUCCGAUGACGUUGAUAUUCAAUUUUCCCUUGACGUUUCUAAAGUUACUGUAAAAUUAUUUGAUGGAUAUGAUUGGAAAUAUACAAGGAAGAAUAUUUCAAAUAUUAUUGAGCAAUUGGGGAAGAACGUUAAUGAUGAUUUUCCAAUCAAUUUUACAGAUGGAGAAGAAGAAGAACAAGAGACAGAAAUGAAAGCGACUAUUUUUGAUUCCAUAUAUAUUAGUACGAAUAAUAAUGUGAAUGCUCAUUCUCUUCGUAAACGAGUUAAUGAUGAUAUUCAAGGAGAGACUGCUCCUAGCGAACCAUUGAAAAAAGUGAAUCUACACCCUUCCAAACAUUAUAAGGCUUUAAUUGAGUUGAAUGAGCUCAAGGUUAAUUUUACCAGUUUCAAUUUUACUGUCCCCAUUGAAGCAAACUCUGAUGGAUCAUGUGAUCUUUUGAACAAUUGUGAUAUUUCUGUGGGGAAGUUUGAAGUGAUAGAUAAUGUCCCCACUUCCACAUGGAAUAAAUUUAUUACACCGCUACGACAUGAAGGUGUCACCACUACAGUUUAUCCCAUGUUCGCCACAAGUAUUAAAACGAUUAGACCAUUAGACUAUUUGGCGGCGAUUGAACUAAUCAUGGAUGUUUCAAUGAUCCCACUCAGAUUGCAUGUGGAUCAAGAUAUGUUAGAUUUUUUAAUAAGAUUUGGUGAAUUUAAAGAUGAAAGGUUUGAAUUAAUUGAUGAAUAUCCGACAACUAUAUUUAUUGAAAAAUUCACCAUUAACUCAGUGAAGGUGAAAUUAGAUUAUAAGCCGAAAAAAAUUGAUUAUUCUGGGUUAAGAUCGGGACACACUACGGAACUUAUGAAUUUUUUUAUAUUGGAUGGUGCUAAUAUUUUACUUAAAAGUGCAGUGUUAUAUGGAGUGAAUGGAUUUGACGAACUCGGGGAGAAAUUGAAGAAUGUUUGGACUCCUGAUAUUACCUCUAAACAACUUGGAGGAGUCCUUGAAGGUAUUUCGCCCAUAAAGAGUUUUAUGACAUUUGGUUCAGGUGUAAAGACUCUUGCUGCCAUAUUACAAUCUGAAUACAAGCAAGAUGGACACAUUGGUAAGAGUUUACAAAAGGGUGGUGCAGUUUUUUUGAAGACGACAACAGGUGAAUUUAUAAAUCUAAGUGUAAAAUUAGCUUCAGGAACGCAAGCUCUCCUGGAGACCACUGAGGAGCUCCUUGGUGGUAAGGGUACUGGUGGUCGUUUACCUGCGGUAGUUUCUAGAGAUCAACCCUUGGACAUUGAUACAUUUUUGCAAGAAGAUCAAUUGGUUGGUGGAUCGUAUCCUAAGAUUCGAGGACAUGCCCCCGCCGCUGUGGUUAUUGACGCAUCAACGAUGGUAGAUUCUGGUCCAAAGAUCGUGAGUCUUUAUGCUGAUCAACCAUUGGAUAUUCAUCGUGGAUUAGAGGAGGCUUACAGUUCAUUGGAGAAACAUAUGCAUAUUGCGUAUGAUGCAGUUUGGCGUGCUCAGGGUGAAAUUAAAACGUCAAGGACUGGGGCUUCUGCUGUUGCUGUGUCAGUGGCAAAGGCAGCCCCCGUGGCAAUAAUACGUCCAUUAAUUGGAGCAUCUGAAGCUGUGUCAAAGGCAUUACAAGGGUUAGCUAAUCAAUUAGACAAGGAACAAAUUAAUGAACUUCAUGACAAGUAUAAAUCGAGUGAAAAUUACUAG